CUUAUUGUUUUUGUACGAAAUGUCAGUGGCAAGUGGCAGCUUUAAAAAUUGUUUUUCUUGUGGUUUUUCAUCAAAGUUUUUCUUUUCGAAGACGAUUUUUGAAUUCACUUUGUUUUGUAAAUGCUGUUGAGUGUGUUGAGUACCUAUUUUUCAAUAAACGUAAUUGUUUCGUAUAUUAAGCUGCACUCGCGCUAAUCUGUCAAAGUAAACAGCUGUAGUUGACGUCCGAAGCACCAAGCGAUGUGUUAUCAUCGGCAACUGAAAUCGGCAAUCAUUUUGUUUGUUUACGAACUUUACGAAGGAAUAAUUAAAGCGUGACUCAUUAAUUAAUAAGUCAUUAAUACCAAAGGAUAAGAUAAAACAAUCACAACGCUCUCUAGCAUGUGGAAAAUGAACGUUUUGCCAGUGCUUCUACUAUUCAUAUUGGCUGAAACAGCUAGUUCUCAGAAUGUGAGCAUAAUACUCCCACUAAAUAAAACAACAACUUGGGAAAAUAAACAACUUUACAGUGGUUUCUUUACCAUCAACUCAACAUCAACACUCCAAGUUGACUUCAGUAAUGUUAAUAAGAAUGUGUCCUAUAUCAUAUUUCAAGUUCACAGCCACUUAUUCAAUGUUACCUUAUACAAUAAUACUUUAAUUAAAGGCUCGAACAUAACGGGUAGUAAUUUAGGAAUGUACAGCAGUGUCAAACCUAAGUUGGAUACAUUCUUUAUUUAUAAUCCUAAUCUGGAUGUUAAUUUGAGGGUUUUUAUUUCUGUGCAUGGAUAUGUGGCAGCAGACCCAAUACCUGGUGGGUGCAACAUGGAGUUCCCCCUCCCGAUAUCCCCAUUUAUGCAGACCAAAUACACCAAAGACUAUGUAUUAGUUGACGCAGCUGCAGCAAGAGACCCAUUAGAUGCUGUCUGUAAUACCAUAGAUAAGGUUUAUGUUCUCUUUUACAAAAUGUACCUGCCUGAGAGGCACUAUGACGCUGAUAACUACUUUGAUGGGAUCAGUAAAAUGAUGACCAUGGAUGGAAUUGCUGAAUUUGGAGAAUAUAUACCAGAGAACGGUUAUCGUAUGCGUCGCAUGCUCAGUGCGUACCCUGGCACAGGCGCAGUAUACGUUGCCGUUGCGUACAGUGCGGCGAAUUCAAGUGCGUAUUCUGUGUACGUUCCAACGUCUACGUACGCUUGCGCGCCUCUGGACGAUGAUGGGUGCGAGUUACUGGAUGACUUCCUCUCCCAGCUGCUAUGUGCCUCGCUUUUAUUCUUCGGUCUGUUCGUGUGCUAUUUCGGGCACAGGUUCUUCAAGACUGAAAUGUUCCUCAUAGGGUUGCUCAGUGGCGUUAUUGUCACUUACAUUGUAAUAUCGCUUUUGUCUCAGCAGGAUCGACCUGCUCUGCUAGCCGUGUCAGUACUAUCAGGGGUAUGUUACGGGUUGACAUGGCUGUUGUUUUGGUGGUUCUAUGGCAUGCCACUGUUCUCCGUGAUGUUAUCAACGCUGAAUGUUGGGUUUUUGUUCGCGUCUAUCAUUUAUUUUGGAUUGCCAGGUGGUCUAUUAGCCCUUCAAUCAGACUUAAACUUCUGGACUUUAUUCGUAUCAGUGAUGCUGAUCACAUCCCUAAUGUUGGCAUCCAUGACUUUUCUCUCGAACAUUCUAUGCUGCGCGAUACUGGGAGCGUACGCGACUAUAUUCCCUAUGGACUACUACUUUGGGUCCAAUUUGAAGUACAUAAUAAUCAAUACCGUGAGAAGAGCUACGGUUCCACAGUUCAAUAAGGCUGUAUUGUCACCGCCUUUUGAAUGGAGAGACGCACUAAUGACCCUGCUAUGGCUAGCGCUGGCAAUGACCGGGUUUCUAUUCCAACACUUCCACAACCGCGGCCGGCCCCCAUUCCCCCCGCCUCCUCGGAGUGUCCGGCCCAGGAUGCCUGGAUCUUACUACGGCACUACCGAGCCUAGGACGAGGAGACCCGGUGUCAUAAUAAGCGUGACUACCAGCACUGCACCCGUACAAUCCGAAAGGACCCCUCUAUUAGCAUAAAAUGAAAAAUAUAUACAUUUGACUUUGCUAUACUUAUACAGUAAAUCACUAUUUUAUUAAUUAUUUGCAAGCUCACUAUUUAAACACAUCUACUUAAUAAUAAAUUAUUAAAUUCGAUUUAUAAAUUACAUCAAGCUUCGUUUAUUGUCUAUGGGAAUAUUUCUAGAUUUAAUCGCGGAAGAAGUUAUCGAUAAAGCUAAAAAAACAUAUUUUAAGUAGAUACCUAACUGAAGGCUUAGCACACACUGCGAAUUUUCAUCGCGCGAUGUAAUCCCAAGAGUUCUGUGUCAUGGAGAUUGUAUGGAACCGCACGUCCUCGCAAAAAAAAUUACGCGCGAACGGUUCCAUACUACUAUUAUUACUACUACUAUUUCCAUGCUAUUUCCAUACUACUAUUUCCAUACUAUUUCCAUGCUAUUUCCAUGUUACAAAAUGAUGC